AUGAUUGUGUGGCUUUUCUUUCUCAUUACUCUCGCGCUCUGCAGCAGCGCAAACGCUGCGAUAAAGAGGACCCUGCCCAUGUCAGUGCAGCCGGUCAACUUCCCCAGGUCGAGACGUCUUUCUGCUGCGGUCGCCCCAGCAAAGCUCAAGGCACGAGCACGGUUUUCACAAGAGGUCCUCGCAUAUCGAGCGAGCUUCGAUUUUAUGCACGAUGACACGACUGCGGAAUCAGUCUUCGCCACGACUCUGAGCGUCAAGUCGAAAUGGCCGAUCCUAUCCCUGGAAGAGCUGGACCAUCAUCUCGAGGACGUGACCUGCUCGGAGUCCCAUAUCGAAAUGUUCUUUGCAUCCAUUGAGCAGUUUCAGUCUACACAGCAGGAGCUGGAGAGAACUACCGAGCUCAUCGUCGUCACCUCCCACAGGGGAUGCAAUUCGGACGGAGAGAGAUCGGCAUACAGAGUCACCGAGGUCACUGUCGAUGUCGAGCGCAGAAUUGUCUCCCUUCGGAAAUCUGACUGCAGCUGGCAAGAUGCAUUCGAAUCCACCCGAGUCUCCUUCUCACGCCGAAGCCCGUCCGAGAUUCAGAAACGCUCUCAUGGCUUCGUCAAGAGACAACAGCCGCAGACAGACAUGCCAGCAACAACAAAAACCAUGGAAAAAUCCGGUGCCACUCCGACAGUCAACUUUCCAGUACCACCUGCUGUUACCUCGGGUUAUCCCACGACUGCAAACAAAGCUCUCAAGUUCCAAUAUAUUGACAAGCAAAUAUAUCCUCCAGAUAUCCCUGCUGCAAAUAUGUUCUUACCCGAAGGGAUCACCGUGUCAUGUAGAAAUUGCUCUCUUGGAGGCAGCAUUGACAUUACCAAAGGUUCCUUCGAGGUGACCGGCUCGGAUGGAAUCAUGGAUUCUGUCAAUCGCACCAUUGCCUUCUUUGAACAUGGCAGUAUUGAUGUGGCUGUCAAUGGACUCUUUUCCCAGAUUGAACUCGAAUUCGAUCUCUCAGCAAGUCAGAACCUGAUAUCAUAUCCGAUCCAGCUUCCUGCAAUUCCGCUGGUCCCUUUUGAGAUUCCUGGAGUUCUUGUGUUCGGACCAUUGUUCCAAGGAAAUUUCGAUAUCAGUCUGAGCCUAAAGGAGUCCAUCGGAUUUUCUUAUGGCUUUAAUCUCUCCGUCCCUGAUAAUUCGAGGAUUGAGCUAAACAUGAACGAAAUCUCAAACUCUUCAAUCACGGGCUUUGACAAAUCAACAGUGCAUGCUCUUCCAUUUCAGGCAAAAUCCGCUCUUACCUCUCUAGUGGCCCGUGCCGUCUUCAAGCCCCAGAUCCUUCUCGGCAUCAACACGGCAGUAGGAAGCGUCCAGGGCGGAAUUGGAGCCUUCCUCGAACUUCCAAAUCUCUCUCUCAAUGUGACACAGCUCAGCCAUGUAAAUGAGCACUGUGAGGCUGCAUCAAGCGGUGAUGGAAAGCUUUCCUCCACGUUGGACAAUGUAUUCGGAAACCUUACCCACAUUGUCCCCAACGUAGAUAUCAACCUAGGCGCAUUGGCGAAUUUCGAGGUCGAAGUCCCUAGGCUUUUCACCGAAGCUGCCGCCGUGCAGACUGUGCUGGCCUCGACCUCAUAUCCACUGCCAACCGCGUGUCUCGAGUUUGAUUCAGGAAGUGGGAAGUUUGGGAAGCCCUCGCCGUCACCUACACCCACUCCUUCACCAACUGUUUUAGACAAGACGGCAACGACAACGGCGGAUUCGAAGAAGAGCUGGGGAACUGUUUUCAACGUCAACGCUUAUUUACAGAUAGCAUGUCUGAUUGUUAGUUUGCACAUUGCUGCAUGGUAA